UUGAGAUCAAACCUCCGGCAAAUACGGUAACCGGCGUCAGUCUCGAUCCGGACACAACGCGUGACUGACCUAAGUGAUAAUUUACCUCUGAAGGCGAAGCAAUCGGAUAACUCGAUCAAAUUUCGUAUAAUUUAUCCAUUUGUGGUUGUAAAAAUAAUCAAUAGAAUAAUUAAAGCCUAAGUAGUUUUUAAUGUGUUCCGGCCGGUUUGUGCGUGAAUGUUAGUGACCGAGUGCCAGCACUCAAAUUUGGAUUCUAACAAACAACAAACCAAAAUAAACAAUGACCAACAGAAAAUAUAAACUUUGUUUCCAUUUCAAGUUAUUGGUCGUCGCUAUCAUUCUCAUAGCAUUUCUAUGUUCACCAACUAAUUCUGAAACGAUUAGAAGACGACUGAGACGACCAACAAGUAACAAACUUCAACAAGAUGCCAAUGCUUCAGAUGGAUCAACGGUUCCUGCGUCGACUGUGGAUAUGGAAACAUCAGCUUCAGUGAGCAAAUUUAAAAUUCGUACCCGUGUAGCCACCAGGAAGUCAGGUGUAGAUUCUUCAUCAGAAAGACACGUAACCAAUUCAAAAGACAACCAAGAUGAAGGCGGAUAUAAGAUUGUUUGUUAUUACACCAAUUGGUCUCAAUACAGACCAAAAGCUGGCAAAUACUUACCAGAAGAUAUCGAUCCCGAUUUGUGCACUCAUUUAAUAUUUGCUUUUGGGUGGUUGAAAAAAGGACGACUAUCAUCUUUUGAAUCCAAUGAUGAGAGCAAAGAUGGAAAAAUUGGUUUAUACGACCGAGUUAAAAAUCUUAAAAAAGCUAACCCCAAGUUGAAAACUCUCUUGGCUUUAGGAGGAUGGUCUUUUGGUACUCAAAAGUUCAAAGAUAUGACUGCUUCACGUUAUGCUAGACAAACAUUUAUUUAUAGUGCAAUACCAUUCCUUCGAGCAAAAAGUUUUGAUGGAUUAGAUUUGGAUUGGGAAUAUCCCAAAGGAACCGACGACAAAAAAAAUUUUGUUUUACUAUUAAAAGAGCUACGCGAAGCGUUUGAAGCUGAAUCACAAGAAAUAAAAAAACCACGUUUACUAUUGACCGCUGCUGUCCCUGUAGGUCCUGACAAUAUUAAAGGUGGAUAUGAUGUACCUGCUGUAUCUUCCUAUUUGGAUUUCAUUAAUGUAAUGGCAUAUGAUUUUCAUGGAAAGUGGGAAAGAGAAACUGGACACAAUGCUCCAUUGUAUGCACCAUCAUCUGAUUCGGAAUGGCGCAAACAAUUAAGUGUUGACAAUGCUGCUUUGAUAUGGACAAGAAUGGGUGCGCCUAAAGACAAACUUGUUAUAGGUAUGCCAACAUACGGAAGAACUUUUACCUUAUCUAAUCCAGCCAAUUACAAAGUAAAUUCACCAGCAUCGGGUGGUGGUAAAGCUGGAGAAUACACAAAAGAAUCAGGAUUUUUAGCUUAUUAUGAAAUUUGUGAAAUACUUCGUAAUGGUGCAUCUUAUGUAUGGGACGAUGAGAUGAAAGUACCUUAUGCUAUUGCGGGAGAUCAAUGGAUUGGAUUUGAUGAUGAACGUUCGAUUAGAAAUAAAAUGAAAUGGAUUAAAGAUAACGGUUACGGUGGAGCUAUGGUUUGGACAACUGAUAUGGAUGAUUUUACUGGAACAAUAUGUGGUGGCGAUAUUAAAUAUCCAUUGAUUGGUGCCAUGAGAGAGGAACUUAGAGGAAUAAAAAGAGGAAAAGAAGACAUUGAUUGGUCUAAGGUUGCUAAUAGCAUUACAGUUGAUUCUAUUACUAAACCAUCACCCAUUAAGAUAAGUGUUAGUGAAGUUUUAGCAAAAUUAAAACCAUCUAAAAUACAAGCUUCUACUGCUAUACAAACUGAAGUUGUUGAUAUGAAUGUUCGCGCUCCUCAAAUGAUAUGUUAUAUGACAAGUUGGUCAGUUAAAAGACCAGGAGCAGGAAAAUUCACCCCUGAAAACAUUGACCCUAUGCUAUGCACACAUGUUGUUUUUGCUUUUGGUACAUUGAAAGACUUUAAAUUAACCUAUAGUAGUGAAAAAGAUAUAGAACAAUAUAAAGAACUUAUAAAUUUAAGAGAAAAAAAUCCAAAUUUGAAAAUUCUUCUAGCUAUUGGAGGAUGGGCCUUUGGUUCAACACCUUUUAAGGAGCUUACUGGAAAUGUUUUCCGUAUGAACCAAUUUGUAUACGAAGCAAUUGAAUUUCUUCGAGAACACAAGUUUAAUGGUCUCGAUGUUGAUUGGGAAUACCCAAGAGGAGCUGAUGACAAAGCAGCAUAUGUAAAUUUAUUGAAAGAGUUAAGAUUAGCAUUUGAAGGUGAAUCUAAGAGUUCUGGAUUACCGAGAUUGUUACUUACCGCCGCUGUACCUGCUAGUUUUGAAGCUAUAGCUGCUGGUUAUGAUGUAGUGGAAAUUUCGAAAUACCUUGAUUUUAUCAAUGUUAUGACGUACGACUUCCAUGGGCAAUGGGAACGUCAAGUAGGACAUAAUAGUCCGUUGUAUCCAUUAGAAAGUGCUACAAGUUACCAGAAAAAACUCACUGUGGAUUAUAGUGCUAGGGAAUGGGUAAAACAAGGAGCACCUAAAGAAAAACUUAUGAUAGGAAUGCCUACUUAUGGAAGAUCUUUUACAUUAGUUGACCCUGCGAAAUUCGACAUUGGAGCGCCUGCAUCCGGCGGUGGUUCUUCCGGCAAGUACACAUCUGAAGCUGGUUUUAUGGCAUAUUAUGAAGUUUGUGACUUUUUGCACGUUGAAAACACUACACUUGUCUGGGAUAAUGAACAACAAGUGCCAUUUGCUUAUAGAAAAGAUCAAUGGGUUGGCUUUGAUGAUGAAAGAAGUUUGAAGACUAAAAUGUCUUGGUUGAGAGAAGAAGGAUUUGGAGGAGUUAUGAUUUGGUCUAUUGAUAUGGAUGAUUAUCGAGGAAUUUGUGGAACUGGUAAAUAUCCCUUGAUAAAUGCUAUGAAACAAGAACUCAAUGGAUACACCGUUAAAUUAGAAUACGAUGGACCUUAUGAAGCAACCGGAAAAAAUGUAGUCUAUACAACAAAAGAUCCUACAUCUGUGACUUGUGAAGAAGAAGACGGCCACAUAUCUUAUCAUCCUGAUAAAGCAGACUGCACACAUUAUUACAUGUGCGAAGGAGAAAGAAAACAUCACAUGCCAUGUCCAUCAAACUUAGUUUUUAAUCCAAAAGAGAAUGUUUGCGAUUGGCCAGAAAAUGUUGAAGGUUGUAUGCAACAUACUCCCGCCCCGCCAACAUCCAGACGAUAGUGUCAUCAAGUCCCGUAGUUUUUAAUUUUUUGUAAAUAAUGAUACAAGUAUUUGUUAUAGUAUUUUAUUUAUAUUUACUUGAACCUCAACCGGUUAAUUUUUAUAUUUAUCAUCGCCAGUAUAAGUUGGAUAAAUUUUAAGAUUGAUAGAAAUAGUAAUUGUAAUUAUUAUGUUGUAAUUACACAUAAUAUUUAAAUCAUUUGUGAAAUAAUGUGUACAUUUAAUAACUUAUUAUAAAUAAAUAUAUGAUAUGCAGGGCCCAGGGAUAGAACGCGUAGAGUCAAUUUAUUGGAAUUUUAUUUUAUUUUUGCUUUUUGUUGGUCUAAAAAAUAUCAAUUUUAAAUAAUAAUAGUAUAGAGAAAACUUAAUUUAAAAAUAUUAAGAAAAAAAAAAAUAAACCAUUUUUAAUUGUAAAAUAUUACAUUUAGUUAAAAAUAUUAAAUUUCAGCUUGAUUUUCAAAUUUAUGACAAUACGUGUUUUAUUGCUGGACUCGCCAUAAAAUGUUUACUAA